AAUCUCGAAGCUCCAAAGUUGACCAAACCAAAACAACUUUGGAACCAUGGCUCUCUGCACCAACACCAACGCCGCCACCACCACCAUCUUCUUCUUCUUCUUUCUCUUCAACUUUCAAUCCUCUCUUUCCCAGCUAACAUCCUUCAACAUCUCACACUCCCCAUGGCUCCCAACACAGAACUUGACCCUUCUCUCCCCAAACAAAAACUUCACUGCAGGCUUCUUUUCCCAACCCAACUCUCCGAACCUCUUCACCUUCUCAGUUUGGUUCACCAAAGUCCCUAAAAGUGCAAACCCUCUUAUAUGGACCGCCACACCCCAAGUCAACACUUCUGGCUCCCUUGUAAUCACUUCAAAAGGUGAACUUCUCCUCAAUGGUUCAUCCUUUCCCAAUGCUUCCACUGCCACUCAGCUUGUUCUUCAAAAUGAUGGAAACCUGGUGUUUGGAAACUGGUCCAGCUUCAAGAACCCAACCGACACAGUUUUGCCCAACCAGAACUUCAGUACUAUGAUUGAGUUGAAAUCCAACAAUGGGAAAUUCAAGUUCAUCAAUGCUCAGUUUCUGGUCCUCGGUUCCACCUCAGCUCAGUACUACAAUACCCCAAGCCGCUUGCUAAGCAUGGAUGAUCAAGGAAAAAUGAGCAUGGAUGGAAGCUCUUUUCUCACCUCUGAUUAUGGUGACCCCAGGUUGAGGAAAGUGGUUAUUGAUGAUGAUGGGAAUCUCAGGAUCUAUAGCUUCUACCCUGAGCAGAAUAACCAGUGGGUUGAGGUUUGGAAAGGGGUGUGGGAGAUGUGCAUAAUCAAAGGUAAAUGUGGGCCCAAUGCUGUUUGUGUGCCCAGAGAGGAUUUGAAUACUUCUACUAAUUGUGUUUGCCCAUCUGGGUUUAACCCAAAUCAAGGAGGGCCUGAAAAUGGUUGCACAAGGAAAAUCCCACUUUCCAAAAACACCCAAUUUAUCAGGCUGGAUUAUGUGAAUUACACCAGUGAUGGUAGCAUGAUUCAAAUCGCUGCUGAAAACUUCACAAUAUGUGAGUCUAGCUGCAGAUCAGACAAAACCUGUCUUGGAUUUGGUUUCAAGUAUGAUGGAACAGGCUAUUGUGUGUGGCUAAAGGGGACACAGCUUCAAUAUGGUCAUUGGUCACCAGCCACUGAAACUGCGUUGUUUGUGAAAGUUGACCAAUCUGAAUCACAAGCUUCUAACUUCAUUGGCAUGACGGAGGUUAUGCAAACCACAUGUCCUGUGAACAUAAGCCUGCCACUGCCUCCAAAGGAUUCAAACACUACUGCAAGGAACAUUGCCAUAAUCUGCACUCUCUUUGCUGCAGAACUCAUUGCUGGGGUGGCAUUCUUUUGGUCUUUCCUAAAGAGGUACAUCAAGUAUAGGGACAUGGCCACCACACUAGGCCUUGAGCUUCUUCCUGCUGGUGGCCCCAAAAGGUUCACCUACUCGGAAAUCAAAGCAGCAACCAAUGACUUCUCCAACCUCAUAGGGAGAGGAGGCUUUGGAGACGUCUACAAAGGGGAGUUACCAGAUCACCGUGUGGUGGCAGUGAAGUGCCUCAAGAAUGUCACAGGCGGUGAUGCUGAGUUUUGGGCUGAGGUCACAAUAAUUGCCAGAAUGCACCACCUCAACUUGGUGCGCUUGUGGGGCUUCUGUGCUGAGAAGGGCCGAAGGAUACUUGUGUAUGAGCACAUCCCUGGUGGCUCAUUGGACAAGUACUUCCCAAAAGGGAACAUUCACAGCAACAACAACAAAAAGCCUGUUUUGGAUUGGAACAUGAGGUAUAGAAUUGCUCUAGGAGUGGCGAGGGCUAUUGCAUACUUGCAUGAGGAGUGUUUGGAGUGGGUUUUGCACUGUGAUAUCAAGCCAGAGAACAUUUUAUUGGGUGAUGAUUUUUGUCCAAAGAUAUCAGAUUUUGGGUUGGCUAAAUUGAGAAAAAAGGAGGAUAUGGUCACCAUGUCAAGGAGGAGGGGUACUCCUGGUUACAUGGCUCCUGAAUGGAUCACUGCAGACCCAAUUACUUCCAAGGCUGACGUGUAUAGCUUCGGCAUGGUGUUGUUGGAGCUUGUGAGUGGGAUAAGGAACUUUGAGAUCCAAGGAUCUGUGGUCCGAAGUGAGGAGUGGUAUUUCCCUGGCUGGGCUUUUGAUAAGAUGUUUAAGGAGAUGAGAGUUGAAGACAUUCUGGAUAGUCAAAUAAGGGAUGUUUAUGAUAGCAGGGCCCAUUUUGAGUUGGUUAAUAGGAUGGUCAAGACAGCAAUGUGGUGCCUUCAGGAUAGGCCUGAGUUGAGGCCCACUAUGGGGAAAGUGGCUAAGAUGAUCGAAGGGACUGCGGAGAUCACUGAGCCCAAAAAGCCCACUGUUUUCUUCCUCGGGGAUGAGUAGAAUAUACUCAUUAAUACCGGGUCAUAUUUACUUGUUCUUUCCCAUGCUUGUUUUUGCUUUUUUGGUAUCUUU